AUCACAUCACACUAAUUUAUUCGUUCCAAGCUGUUAUGCCAGAUUUGUAAAUUCCAGGUGGCAAGCCAAGCAGACUAUUUGUAAAUAUUAAAGAGAGGAUGCGUAAGGUGUUAAACUACAAAAUUGAUAUCCAUUUUAACGCUCAUACAUAAAAAAAGGGCAACAUAAAUAUUGGCUUACAUGUAAGUAAUUAUCGGCCUCUAUAUAAAUAAUAUGAUUAAAUAAACAAUUCAGACUUGAACCAUUAACUUUAGAUUGCACUGGAUGAUCGCAACUCCAAUAUACUAAAAUAGAACAAGAUAUCCUUAUAAGCGAUUCAUAAAAUAAGGUAAUUCUAAAUAUUAGUCGAACAUAAAGAUGAUAAAUUAGAUAUAAGUUAAUUGAUGAUGCAAUAAGCAAUUAAUAGAGAUAUUUUAAGAAGCGAUAAAAUGAAUAGAAUAGUUGUUUGUAAGUUUUUUGCUCAAAUCUAGAUUCGAUUUCUGUUUCAAAUGAUGUUAUGGCUGGCAUUAGUAUCUACCAUUUGAGGAUUGAUGAUAACUUUUGUAAAUAAAGAAAUUAAUAUUGUUGGUUAAUCAAAAAUAGUUUAGAUAGGAGCAAACAAUUUUUAAAUGGAGGAAGGGAUAUAAAAUUAGUUAUAAAUUGUUUAGAAGCAAGAAGAGAUUGGUUAUUCGAAUUAUUUUACACUUUUGCAUUAAUAUCAUUUAUGUUAAUGUUAGUUAUGCAUUAGAAUCUGUUAAAAUGGAGAGAAUUUAAUGAGAAAAUUUUUCAAUUAAUAUGA